CUAUUCCAUGUAUCACUUUGAUGUGGUAGUUCUUAUCGAUGGAGUUCAAUCAAUUAAGUCGGCCUAUCGUUAUCUUCAGCUAAACUUAGAUCCUCCACAAAUUAUACCAUAACACCCGGACUUCGUUCCGCAUCUAAUCCAGAUACUUUCUUUAGGUCAUCGGUCCACCCGGGUGAAGGGAGAUAGUCGCCUAUUAAUCGUAUUACAGUUAUACUAAUUUGAGCUAAGAUUUAUUGAUAUUUUCUAUUGUUCCAGAUAGUUGAAAAUGCACGACCAGGAGGGUGACAGUGAGCCGGCGCACCACGCCCGCCGCCCUAUGAACGCGUUUCUCAUCUUCUGUAAACGCCAUAGGAGCGUCGUGCGCGACAAGUAUCCUAAUCUUGAGAACAGAUCAAUUACGAAAAUCCUUGGCGAGUGGUGGGCCAACUUGGACAAAGAAGAGAAAGCUUGCUACACAGGUCUUGCUAAACAGUACAAAGACGCCUUCUUCAGCGCUAACCCCGACUUCAAGUGGUACAAGUUGCCCGCGCCACCGCUCCGGACCCUCUCCUCUCGGCCUCGAGAGCUCAACGAAAAGACCGUGGAGUCCCCCAACAUUGAGAACCAAGCUCCAGAGUUUGAGAAGACCAACAACAAUAACUCCACCAAAAUAGACUUCAAUAAGAAGACGAAAGAUGAACCGUUAGAAGCAGAAUCCAAACCGCUAUCGAUGUUCACUCCCGGCAAGCUUGCCGACGAAGCCCAAAUGGGAGGCCUGAGCAGCCUCCUAGCCACUAAGACUGAAACUCAAACUACAAACCCUUAUUACUCACCCCCAUGCUUUAAGUUUAACACGAUCUCAACGCCAAACGAAUACAGAUCUCAUAACUUAAUAGAAAGAGCCAAGGCGAAAGGUCUGCCUAGCGAAGACAGCAUACGCGAGCUGCAGAACGCUCUCACCGAGACCUCCCGCGUGUUCGAGGAGGAGUUCGAUGAUGACAAGAAGAGGAUAUACUACGGCAUCGCUAACGACCAAUUCACCAACCAAGAUGUGAUAGACCAAAUAGUUGAUAAGAGAUAUUCUAAAGACGACGAGUUCGGCUAUCAGCGCAACUGGUCUGACGACGAGAAGAACAUGAGAUCUGGUAGAUCGUGCAAGGGCAAGCGGUACCAGGAGUUCAUGGCCGUGGGGGGACUCAUCGUGAACAAGCGGCCGAAACGAGACUCGGACAAGAUGCCAGACGAGAACUACAGCGCGACCUGCAGUUGGGAUCCUGGCAGCGGCCAAGACGAGCCCAUGAUGGACGAGCUGAAGCAACAGCCCUCGCCGGCCGAGAAGUCCGUCGAGAGCGAAGACAAGAUCGACACCAUCGACAUGCCCGAACCUGACAAUAAUACUAACAAAACCUUUAAGGCUGCCGAUUUCGACUUAGAUGCUAAAAUAAGAGCUUUACCCUCACUUAGCUUAGAGAAAUUCCAACAAAAGAAACGCGAAAACAAGCGCAAGAAGAAAACGAUCAACAUGAAGCCUAAGGUCCUCGAGCCAUCCCACAUAGUCAAUUCAGUUCCUAGGUCCAUGAUGGACGACAGGCGGGAGAUGGUGGAGCACUGGCGGGACACGGUGAUCGGCAGCCAGAAGCGCAAGCCGCGCAAGAUCAGCAUCACGCGGCUGGAGAUCAACAGCAUGGUGUCGAGCGCGGAGCGGCCGGCGGCGCCGCGCCUGGCCACCGAGGCGCCGCCCGCCGCGCACGACCUGCUGGCGCUGGCCACGCUGGCCGAGGUGGCCGCCAACACCUCCCGCCUGGACUCCGCGGCCGCCGGCGACUCGCACGCUUCCAUGGUAUGAGAUACCGAUACAACUAGCCUUAAACAAAUUCCAAAUAUUAUUUACUUUGUAAUCAGAUAAUAUUUAUACAUAGAUCUAAUUUUACAUUGUACGCAUAAAAAUAAUAUUAUUGUACACUUUUAACUGUAGAUUUUAUAAAGUAGCUGUAGAACUAUUUAUAUUGAAAAUAGAAAAAAAAAUCCCUAUGAAUGUAUACCUACCUGUUUUAGUUAUGUCGUUUAGGCGGCUAAAUACUGCUUUGUUAGGACUAGACACAGUAAGAAUGGUAGAAUAAUGUCCAUACGAAUAACAACAAAGCAUAAUGAAUGUUACUUUAGUAAGGAAUACAAAUAAAUUACAAUUAUGGCAUCCGUGUUAGCAAGUUGAUACGAAAUAUGUCAUCAUUGUUCAACAUCACAUUUAUUGCAAUGAUGCCAAAAAGAGUCUGCAGACCUCAUUAUAUUAUAAAGUUAGGUUAUUUAAAUCGCCUUAAUAAUUUAGAGAUUAAAACAAUACAACAUAUGCAUAGACUGCAUUGCAUUUUUAAGGUGAUUUAUUUUCGUUUUAACUUGCAUACGUGCAAUAAUUAUCAUUUAUAUUAUUAUAUAUUUUAAAAUAAACAUCGGUGACAGAAGUCACAUGUUUUUUGUAUAAAACGAAUUUAUCACAACGUAAUAAUAUUUGACGGCAACUGGACUGGAGGAAGGAAAAAAGUUUAAAUAAGGCUGGAAAUAGUUUUGCUUAAAAAAAUGGUUUUCGUAUAAUACUGCUUCGUGAUUGGUUGAUUUUCUGCCUCAUACAGCGGAAAAAAAAUUAAAGCGUUAUGUUGCUACAGAUAAGGUCGAUUUUCUAAAUUAAAUGAUUGAAAUGACACUUCAGUUUGCGGUUCAGAAAUUGCAGUGGCAGACAACCAACCAAAAAAAUAUAUUUUCAUCAUUUUAUAAGUUUAACUGUUUCAAGCCUAUAAUUGGAGGUUUUGUUAAGCUAACGCGUGUUCCAAAAAAAACUUGUGUAUUCUUUUCAUUCGGACACAUUUAACAUAUCAAUUCAAUUUGACACUUAUUAAAUACUUUUUUAAACUAUUCGGCGCAUGAGAUCAGUGGGGUUGUAGAAAAGUGAGGUUGUACCAGUUGUAGAAGAGAUCUAUCAACAACAACUGCUACAGCCUUACUUUUAAAACGAAGUGAAAAGGGAGUUCAAGGCUUUAGCUUAACAAAUAUUCCAAUUUAUUAAAUUUCGCUUUUGGAGGUUUUUAUACCAGAGGUUAAAAUAUGAUAUAACGGAAUGUGAUGUUAAUUAUAAAGGUAAAAGCAAUUGGC